GUAGAAUUUCAGACUUGCAAUGGCAUCUGCUGUAAUCAGUUCAGUUCCUACCACUGCAUCUCGUUUUGCUUUGCUACAACUAGACAGUGAUACUGAUUCAGAGCCUGGAAAGGGUAGAAACAGCCAAGCUAGUGGUAAAUCUCAAGCUUCAGGAGGGAGACCUUCUACAAACGAGAAGAAACGAGAGAAAAGAAGGAAAAAGAAAGAACAGCAACAGAGUGAAGCUAAUGAGCUCAGAAAUCUUGCUUUUAAAAAGAUUCCUCAAAAAUCCUCCCAUGGAUGCUGUCUAUCUCAGCAUGAACAAACAUUGCACAGCACAAUGAAGAAGGACUCUCAAGAAGAAAACUGGCAAGAAUGGAGACAAAGAGAUGAACAGCUGACAUCUGAAAUGUUUGAAGCAGAUCUUGAAAAAGCACUGCUGCUAAGCAAACUGGAAUAUGAAGAGCACAAAAAGGAAUAUGAAAACAUUGAAAAUACUUCACCACAGUUAAAGUCUAUGAAUAAAAAAGAGAAAAGGAAGAACCAGCAAGGAAAAGACAAACCUCUCACUGUGUGUCUGAAAGACUUUCAGUCAGAUAGUGCUAUAGAUAACCUUGCUAAAAAACAUGAGGAACAGAGUUCUGCACAGACUUUGUUACCUGACGAAGGAUUUUUCAAUAGAUUGGAGGAUGACGUUCACAAAAUACUUAAAAGAGAAAAGAGAAGAGACCAGCCCACAGAUUGCAAUGGAAUGGAUAACUGUUCAUCUCAUGAACGCAACCAGGAGUGUUUUUUGAAAGAUGGAAAAACAGAACGACUAAAGCUCGAACUUGAAAAGAAAGAUACAGAAAUUCAGCAAUUGAAAAAUGUAAUAACUCAGUGGGAGGCAAAGUAUAAGGAAGUAAAAGUAAGAAAUGCACAACUCUUGAAGAUGCUACAAGAAGGUGAAAUGAAAGAUAAGGCAGAAAUACUCCUACAGGUUGAUGAAUCACAAAGUAUCAAAAAUGAGUUGACCUUACAGGUAACUACACUUCAUGCUGCAUUAGAACAAGAACGAUCCAAAGUGAAAUUAUUGCAGGCAGAAUUAACAAAAUAUCAGAGUGGGAAAAAAGGGAAAAGGAACUCAGAAUCUGACCAGUGCAGGUGAUCUCCUCUGCUACCAGAUUUGAAGCAAAAAAUAUCAAAUCUUUCUUCAGGGUUUUGCAAAAAUUUAUAUAUUUGUUGUACAACUGCUUAACUAUACAGUUUUUGAAGGGAAAUUAACAACUACUAGUUUGACUAACAUUCUGAAUAUUGA